GCAGGCGGUUGGGAAUUAUAGAAGUGGAUUAUUUUGGACUACAGUUUACUGGUAGCAAAGGUGAAAGUUUAUGGCUAAAUCUGAGAAACCGGAUCUCCCAGCAGAUGGAUGGGCUUGCCCCUUACCGGCUUAAACUGAGAGUCAAGUUCUUCGUGGAGCCUCAUCUCAUCUUACAGGAACAGACUAGGCAUAUCUUUUUCCUGCACAUCAAGGAGUCCCUUCUGGCAGGCCACCUCCCCUGCUCCCCAGAGCAAGCAGUGGAACUCAGUGCCCUCCUGGCGCAGGCCAAGUUUGGAGACUACAAUCAGAACACCGCCAAGUACAGUUACGAAGAGCUGUGUGCUAAGGAGCUCUCCAAUGCUGCCCUGAAUAGCAUUGUUGCAAAGCAUAAGGAGCUGGAGGGGACCAGCCAGGCUUCGGCUGAAUACCAGGUUUUGCAGAUGGUGUCUGCAAUGGAGAACUAUGGCAUAGAAUGGCAUUCUGUGAGAGACAGCGAAGGGCAGAAGCUCCUCAUUGGCGUUGGGCCUGACGGCAUCUCAAUUUGUAAAGAUGACUUUAGCCCAAUUAAUAGGAUAGCCUACCCUGUGGUGCAGAUGGCCACCCAGUCAGGAAAGAACGUGUACUUGACCGUCACCAAGGAGUCUGGGAGCAGCAUCGUGCUCUUGUUUAAGAUGAUCAGCACCCGGGCCGCCAGCGGGCUCUAUCGGGCGAUCACGGAGACGCACGCUUUCUACAGGUGUGACACUGUGACCAGCGCCGUCAUGAUGCAGUACAGCCGAGACUUGAAGGGCCACCUGGCGUCACUGUUUCUCAAUGAAAAUAUCAACCUUGGCAAGAAGUAUGUCUUUGACAUUAAGAGAACAUCGAAGGAGGUCUAUGACCAUGCCAGGAGGGCUCUGUACAAUGCUGGCGUGGUCGACCUGGUUUCCAGAAGUGACCACAGCCCCCCCAACUCUCCGCUCAAGUCCUCCGAGAACGGGCUGAACUGCAGCAGUUGUGAGGGUCUCAGCUGCCAGCAGACCAGGGCCCUCCAAGAGAAGCUGCGCAAGCUGAAGGAAGCCAUGCUGUGCAUGGUGUGCUGUGAGGAGGAGAUCAACUCGGCCUUCUGCCCCUGCGGCCACACUGUGUGCUGCGAGAGCUGUGCCGCCCAGCUCCAGUCGUGUCCGGUCUGCAGGUCACGGGUGGAGCACGUGCAGCACGUUUACCUCCCGACCCACACCAGCCUCCUCAACCUGACACUGAUCUGACCCUGCCUGCCGCUGUCCCGCGAACUGCACCAUGACGAGCUAGAAAGACAGUACGAGUGGAGAAAAGCAAUCCUCCCCUCCCAUCGGCCUUGCAACGUGCGGAAAAGAAGCAAAGGAAGACCGCUGUAGCUCACCGCCAGAACACACUGGGCUUAGUCCCUGCGGGCCCAGGGGUGGGGACCGGGAAGAGUUCUGGGACUCGGAAAUAUUCCUCGCGCUGUAUUCUUUUGACGAGCAAGUAAAGGGAUAAGUAAAAUCUUUGAUGUUUGUUAAGUGGCAACCGAGCCAAAAAGUGGAUACCUUUUAGGAAAUGAUGGUGUCAGUCUCCUUAAUGUAUCCCCAAGGUAAGUUUCCUACCUGCAGCAACGUUUGUAAGAAUUAACUUUCAGAAUUUACUCGGUUCUUUUUGUAUGGUUAUGGAACUCUGAACAUUUUUGAUAGGGAAUCUUUCUUAAAGAAGUCGUCAUUUUAAUGUCAUUUCUGUUUUUAUAACUUGUUCAAGAACCGUUGGAAGGCAGACAGAUGUAACAGUCAAUUCUGUGCUCUUAGAACGUCAACAACCACGUGGUCAGCUGUAAAGCAGUGUGGGUGGCGGCCAGCUCCCGUCCCGGCCCCCUCUCCUUACCUCCAAGCCUUUCCACUAUAAAAUGCUACCAGUUUGCUUGUAAGGUUUCUGUGCAGUAUGCACGAACUCUUUGGGCCUCAUGAGCUGGUGCAAGUUUUGUUUUCAGAUUGAAAAGGGAGUGCAUGUUCCUUGGGAAGGGAGCACCCUGCUGGCUGAGAUGAAGCUUCCAGACCCUGGGGUCUUCAGUUCUCCCAAGCCCUCUACUUUAGCUCCACCCAGCGGGGUUGCUUUGCUCCAGCCUUCCACAGCCUUACCAUAGGUAUAAUAGAAAAUGUACACUUCUUUUAAGUAAAUGCUAAAGUAUUAACUGUCGGUUCUCCCCUUCAUACGUCUUGUGGGGGGUGGGGGUUCAGGUUUUUGGUUUUUUCUAUUCUUCAUCAUGUUUUCCACUCCCACUUGGGCAUUUGGACGCUGGUCAGCUUGUGGGUUUCCUAGGCUGUUGGGAAACCUAGAUGACCUUAUUGGGUGCAAUACUAGCUCAGUGAAAGCUAGAAACCUACACUGUCACUUUACUGAAAUUUCUGAGUAUACUUUUCAUAUUGCCUUAAUGUAGCAGUAAUGUGUUUAUGCAUUUGUUUCUUUGCACAGACAUUUUGUCAAAUAUUAAAACUCUACUUUUUUAUGGCACAUAUUAGCAUAUAAGCCUUUAUUCCAAGAGGUAUUUAUUUUUUCACUUGUAAAAAAUGUUUCCACAUAAAGAACUCUGAUAUAUCCUAGAGGACUUCUGUCUUUUAUAUUCAGGACAAUAAAGACUUUAAAGCAAGCGCAAAUAUCUGUGGCUGUUUCCUUCAUUGACUGGAGCAUUGAUAGUGUCAUCGUUGGGACGAUAUGUGGGCAAUUUGAGAA